AUGCGCCCCGCCACAAACGCAUCAAGUAUGGUACGGAAGAGCAAGAAUAAAGGUGCCCCAGCAGACGCAGCCGAGGCAUCUGCCGCCUCAAAGCCGGAGGCACUAAAAAGCACAUCAUCGAGGCGCGCAGCCUCGCCCUCUCGUCCGCCUGCAAAGGCCGACGCUGGGAGACAAAGUAGCAUGCAAGAGGUCUUGAAGCGGCAACGCCGUGUCAAGGAUCACAAGGAGGAGGCGGUGGUCAUCGAAUCUGAGGAGGAAGGCGCGGCAACGUCGUCGAGGCGGGAGCUCCUCACUCCGAAGUCACAUUCCCGGCCGGCUUCGAAAAUGGCAUCUCCCAUGCCCGAUGCAUCUUCGCCAGAGGAGCCUACCCCGAAGCGCUCGAGAAUCACUACGAAGACCAGCAAGAAGACUGUCGAGCAGAUCUACCAGAAGAAAACGCAGCUGGAACACAUCCUUCUACGGCCUGACAGCUAUGUGGGCUCUGUCGAGCGGCAGCAGCUCGAGCUGUGGACUCUUCCUGGAGGGAGCAGCAGCAGUGGCUCUGCUCCCAGGAUGGUGCGGAGGAAGGUGGACUACGUGCCCGCUCUCUACAAGAUAUUCGAUGAGAUUCUCGUGAAUGCCGCGGACAACUUGAUUCGGGAUCCAUCCAUGAACACCAUCAAGGUUGACAUAAACAAGAAACAGUCGCGCAUCUCGAUCUGGAACAAUGGCAGGGGACUUCCGGUUCAGGUGCACAAGGAACACCGUUGCUAUGUGCCGACAUUAGUUUUCGGCCACCUGCUGACCAGCGACAACUACGACGACAGUGAGAAGAAAGUCGUUGGUGGUCGGAAUGGCUAUGGAGCCAAGCUCACCAACAUCUAUUCCAAGAGGUUCAUCGUCGAGACUGCUGAUUCCGGAAGCCGCAGCAAGUAUCGGCAGCAGUGGGGCAACAACAUGAGGCAGGCGGACGAGCCAGAGAUCGUACCGUAUAAGGGGAAGGACUUCACAGCAGUAACCUUCGAGCCGGAUUUGCAGCGGUUCGGCAUGACCCACUUGGAGGACGACAUCGUGGCUUUGAUGGAGCGACGUGCGUACGAUGUCGCUGCUUCGACGCGAGGACGCUGUGAGGUCUUCCUGAACGGGCAGUGCUUGGAGGUGGAUUCCUUCGAGGAUUACGUCAGUCUCUUCCUAGACCCCGAUGAUUUCCGAAUCAGCGAGGUCUGCAACGACAGAUGGGAGGUGGCUAUCGCCUUGACAGACGGCAGCGGCUUCCGGCAAGUCAGCUUCGUGAACUCCAUCUGCACCAGUCGAGGAGGCACGCACGUGAACUGUGUGGCGGAGCAGGUGGUUGCCGCAGUCAUGGAGGAGGUGGCCAAGGAGAAAGGGGCCAAGGGAACUCUGGCCGUGAAGCCACAGCACGUGAAGAAUCAUUUGUGGGUCUUCGUGAACUGCCUCGUUGAGAACCCGGCUUUUGAUUCGCAGACGAAGGAGACGCUGACCACGAAGAAGGAGCGCUUCGGCUCAACGUGUGAGCUGUCUGAGGAUCUCCUUCAGGCUGUGUGCAGCAGUGGCAUUGUCGAGACAUUGCUGGAAUGGUCCAAAGCCUUGGGCAAAAGUGAGUUGGCACGGCAUCUCAACAAGAGCGUCAUGCCGGCUUUGAUCUUGGGUGUACGAUGGCUGAGAACAGUUUGUGUAAGUAGAGAGUGCCUUGGUGCACUCGGGACGGGCGGGCACGCCAAACUGCUAGUCUUCACCGUUGUCGGGAUCCAAGCUCUGUCCAGCCGACCGACAUCGCAGAAAAAGGGAGCCGACGAUGCCAACUUGAGCCGAGGUGGAGCAGCUUGCUGGCUGCAUCCACGGGUAAUGCAGGGCGGUGGCAAUAAUGCCAACAACAUCCGGAUGGGUGUACCCAACAUGAUGAUGGGCAUGGGCCAAGGCAUGCGAAUGCCCAUGGGAAUGCCCAUGAUGGGCAUGCCCAUGAUGGGCAUGAUGGGCAUGCCUGCCAUGAAUCCCAUGAUGGCCAUGCCGAUGAACCCCAUGAUGGGCAUGGGCAUGAACGCCGGCAUGGGCGCCCAGACGCCGUCGCCGUCCGGACAAGGAGCCGACCGCAGUGCUGGGGUGAGUCCUGCAGCUAGCACGGCUGUGGUGCCGCCAAAGGUCGACACUCAGCCCAUACCAGUCAUACCGGAGCCUAAAGUCCUUCCACCGGGGCUCCCGCCGGGUGGGCUCCCGCCGGGUGUCGUGCACCGUGAGCGAAGCCGCAGUCGAGACGCCGUGCGGGUACCACCGAAGGCUGAGAUGGAGCCCGAGCCAGUUCGGGAGCCUACGCCUCCUCGAGAGAAGACGCCUCCCAGAUGUCAUCUUCACAACACCAAGAAGCCCAACACAAAAUGCAAGUUCUGCCAGAGAUGGGUUGCAAGUCAAAGCCAGGCCCAGCCCGAAUCUGACAAGGCUGACAAAGACGGUAGCAAGCACAAGGAAGACAAAUCCAAACCCAAGGAGGAGCAAAAGGAAGACGAGGAAGACUACUCCCGUCGGACUUUCAAGUGCAGUAGCUUGCUCAAGGACCAGAUCUUUGGCUCUAGCUACUUCAAGAGCCUUUUAGACAUCAGCGAUCUCGACCCCUUGACAGAAGAGAUCGCCAAGUACGCCGACACCCUCGACGUUUACAACUCUGGGAACAACGUGCAUCCUUCCUGCUUCAUUUGUCAGGUCUAUCGCCUCUUCACGCUCCCGCAGUCGGAAGACUUGGACGAGCUUUUGGCAGUUCUGGAUGCGAAUCCUUCUGCCAAGGUUCGCUGUGCCGCCUUCCUGUACGUCCGCUUUGUGGUACCUCCGCACAAGCUGUGGGACAAGCUAGACGAACACCUCUUUGACGACCAGGAGUUGAAGUAUGUUGAUGGCGACAAGCAGGUUACGACCACCAUUCGAGAGUAUGUGGAGAAUCUGCUGGUCAAGGACAGAUAUUACAACACUCCGCUGCCGAGAAUUCCAGUGAAGGUUCGGCAGCAUUUGGAGAAAGAGCUCGCUCCCCUCUCACAGUUUCGCAAGCGCAUGGCUGCGGUCCAGAGGGAACUGCCUCCAAAGAAGGUUGCCGGCACAGCCGUGGAAGUGUACGUAGAUGGCAACUGGCUACCCGGCCACAUCAAGAGCUACGUAGGCCAGCACAAGCGCAAAGUGAGUAUUCAACUUGACGAUGGCGCUGUGGUACAGUCCCACUUGGGAAAGGUUGUGCUGAGAGACGAGGAAGUAUCCGACAAAGACAAGGAGAAAGACAAGGACGACAAAGAAGAGAAAGAUGAGGCUGUGGUCGACGAGAAGAAGGAGGGCGAUGAAGAGGAGAAGACAAAGGACGAAGACCACGACCAGAGAAAGAAAAAGAAAGACAAGAAGGACGACCGGGACAGCAGUCGCAGUAGAAGUCGUAGCCGCAGCAGACAUCGUAGUCGUAGCCGCAGCCGCAGACGUCGCGGUAGCUCUCCAGAUUGGGCUCGCUACAAGGGCUCCAUGGAUCCCAGCGAGAUCGAGAGGCUGCGAGAAAAAGCGAGGGAAGAGGCAGUGGUUGGUGUGGGCAAGGCCUACUCCAAAAGACCAACUACCGUCGAGGGUGAGAUGUGGCGAGGAAGCGGGUCCGAAGGGCGCGUCUCCAUGCUCGGCGGCUCUCAUAGCUAUAGCUCGACCCGAUCUUCCGGCGCAAAGGGUCCCUCUGACACCGAGAUCAGGAGCAGGAUCUCACGUGAAGAGGAAGAGGAGCACAAGAGGCGAAUGCGAGAGAUCUAUGAGAAGUAUGGCUCUGAUCUGGGUCUUCAGAAGCGCCUCUUCGGAAUACCGAAGCUCGAGGAUGCGAACAAGGCCGGCACCAAGCAGUCUCGGGACUGCACCCUCAUCCUGACGGAAGGAGAUUCGGCCAAGGCUCUGGCAGUAGCCGGCUUGAGCAUCGUAGGCCGGGAUCACUACGGGGUGUUCCCACUCAGAGGAAAGCUUAGGAACGUCAGGGAACUGACAGAGAAGCAGAUGAUGGAUAACAAGGAGAUAGAGGCUCUGAUGAAGAUCAUGGCCUUCGACGUGUCGAAGAAGUACACGGACGCAAGCGGCUUGCGUUAUGGCUCCCUGAUGAUUAUGACGGACCAGGACUUCGACGGCUCCCACAUCAAGGGCCUUGUCAUCAACUUCAUAGAGCACUGGUUUCCUGGCCUCCUGCAGUGCGAAGGCUUUCUUCGCGAGUUCGUGACACCGAUUGUUAAGGUCAGCAGGGGUGAUGAGGUGGUCACCUUCUUCACGGUGGCUGAGUACGAAGCCUGGAAACGGGCUAACAACGGUGGCGCCGGGUGGGCUUGCAAGUACUACAAGGGGCUGGGAACCAGCACCUCCGCAGAGGCUCGGGAGUAUUUCUCUGACCUCGAGCAGCACGAGCUGACCUUCCUGGCGAGUGAGCAGGAUGCCGAGCUUUUUGACAUGGCCUUCAAUGCCAGGAAGGCUGAUGCUCGCAAGGAGUGGAUUGGCAACUGCUCUUCCGAAGUCUACGUCAACCAUUCCCAGCCGACUCUCUCCUACGAUGACUUCGUCAACAAGGAGCUGGUCCUUUGGGCCAAGUACGACGUGGAAAGGGCCAUCCCAAGCAUGGUGGACGGGCUGAAGCCAGGCCAGCGCAAGGUCCUCUUCGGAGCCUUCUUGAAAAAGCUCACAAAUGAGGUGAAGGUUGCCCAGCUCUCGGGUUUCGUGGCCGAGAAGAGUGCGUACCACCAUGGCGAGACGUCCCUUCAGGGAACAAUCAUCGGAAUGGCACAGCACUUCGUUGGGAGCAACAAUGUGAACCUUCUCCAGCCGUGUGGCCAGUUUGGAACACGCAACCAGGGUGGGAAGGACCACGCUGCUGCUCGAUACAUCUUCACGAAGUUAUCACCUGCUGCGAGAUGCAUCUUCCCUUCAGAGGAUGACCCAGUCCUUGAGUAUCAGUCCGAAGAGGGUCAGCGCAUUGAACCUCGAUGGUACUGUCCCGUGAUUCCGCUUGUCCUCGUAAACGGAUCAGAAGGCAUCGGUGUGGGUUGGAGCACAAGUGUGCCCAACUACAAUCCGCGGGACUUGAUCGCAAAUGUCCGGCGGCACCUGCGGGGUGAGCCUCUCGAGCCGCUGACCCCCUGGUAUCGUGGAUUCCGCGGCACUGUAGCUGCAACAGACAAGCCUGGGCGAUACGAGACCGUCGGAGUCGUGCAGAGGCACGGCUCGACACGGAUCGAAGUCACUGAGCUGCCAGUGAGGAAAUGGACCCAGGAUUACAAAGAGUGGAUAAUGGACCAGCUCCAGGCCGAUGACGGAAAGAGAGCCACGAUUUCGGAGUUCCGCGAGUACCAUACGGACAACACGGUUCACUUCAGCUUGGCCAUGCUUCCUGACAAGGUGGCUCUAGCCGAAGGGCGUGGCUUGGAGAAGUUCUUCCACUUGAAGUCCACAAUCUCGACUACGAACAUGCACCUCUUUGAUGCCAGUGGAAAGUUGAAGAAAUACGAAUCGCCCGAGGAGAUCUUGCAAGAUUUCGCGAAGGUUCGCCUGGAGCAGUACGGGAAGAGAAAAGAGUACUGCAUCGAAAAGCUUCAGAAGGAGGCGGCCACUCUGACCGACAAGGCAAAGUUCAUUCGCUUGGUGGUGGAUGGCGAGCUGGAGAUUGCAGACCGGGCUUCUCGAAAGGUGUGCAACGACAUGAAGCGCUUUGGACUGCGGACGAAGCAGGAGAUCGAGGCCGGUGUCGAAGAGAAACCCACUGCAGCUCGAAAUUCGCGGCGACUGCGGGUCGUGAUUGAUGUCACCGACACCGAUGUGGAUCUGGCAGGACCUCAAGGCUACGACUACUUGCUGAAGCUCAAGCUUUGGACCCUCACGGAGGAGCGCUUGGAAGCCUUGCAGCGGCAGCUGGCCUCAAAGCGCCAGGAGCUCGAGGACCUCAAGGCAACCAGCCUGGAGCAGCUGUGGGAGAUGGAUUUGGUCCGGCUGGAGGCCGCUUUGGACGUCGUGGAGGCCGAAGAGCGGAAGGAGCAGCAAGAGGCAGCACGGCUCAUGAAGAAGGCCGGCUACUUCGAGGAUGAUGCCUCUGUGAAUCGUCAGUGUGUUCUGGUCGUGAGUGAUGGCUUCUCUCAGAUCAAGCGCAUCCGCACGGACAAAUGGAAGGCUGUUCGCUGCGGUGGCGCCGGGAAGUCGAUUGCUGGUCACAAAAAGAAGAAGGCCAAGGAUGCUCCGGCAAGCGGGGACGAGGGAGAGGAAGAGGAGAUGGAAGCGGAUGGCGAUGAGGAGCUGCCGGAUGCGAUCAGCGCCGCCUUUGUGUGUCGGGAAUUCGACGCGCUUCUGGCCUUCACGCGCAAAGGAUAUGUUUUCCGGAUGCAGGCCCUGGACGUGCCCCUCAUGCACGGAAAGCGCCCGCCAGUGCCCAUUGCUGAGCUGGCACCGAAGUUGCCAGAAGACGAUUGCAUUGCCUCUGUCAUGGCUGUUCCCCACGGAGCUUUGAAAGACCAAGGCCACGAGUUCGCAGUGGCCGUUUCUUCCCACGGCUUUGCAAAGAAGAUCCCUCUAUCAAGCUUUCGCAGCUUGCAUGGGCAGAAGAACUGGAACCUCGCCUUCCCAUUGGAUGAGAAGAGUGGUGAUGAGCUUCGCUGGGUUCAUCGUGCCUCUGCGCAGGACCUCCUCGUGAUGACUGCCCAGUCUGGCUACACCUUGUGCUUCUCUUUGUCGGGCCUGCGUCCGACACGACUCAAGGCAAAGCCGCUCCCAGCAAUGAGACUGAAGGACGAGAAGGUUGGUGGCUGCGGCAUUGCCUCUGUCCCGGAGAGCACUCGUGACGAUGCAGCCAAGCCGGAGAAAGCCAGGAGGAUCAGUGGAUACAAUCUCUUCUGCAAGGAGUCUGGCAGCAACCUUGUGCAGGCUUCCGCAGCCUGGAAAUCGCUCAGCGAUUCGGAGAAGGAAGAGUGGCACGCAAAGGCCCGUGCAAUGAAUGGCCAGAAUCCGGGCCGUGAGGAGGCCCCUCCUCCGGCGACGACUGGGCAGCCAAGAAAGCGACAUGUGGCAGACGAUGAUGAUUCUGACAAUGAGGAGGAGGACGAGAGGCCUCAAAGCUCGAAGGAGGCCGAAGGUAACAGUGCUCUGCUCGGCAAGCUUCGGAAGCUGGUGUCCAGAGUCACGACAGGCCCUGAAGUUAUGCAACAGAAGAAUGCGAAGGCCGAUCCCGAGGAUGACGACGAAGAGGCGGACAUGGACGAUGUGAGGAGCAAUGUGCCCACUGAGGUAUCACCACAGUCUCCUCAGGCAUCGCCUCAGGGCCGCACGGGCACGGUCUCCGCCAGCAUGCAGGACUUCCUGGAGGCCCACAGCGUGCUCCUCGUCAGCGACGACGGAUUUGGCAAGCGGGUCCGUCUCUCUGACAUCAAGCUCUCAUCUCGAAACAAGACGGGGAAGCGGGUCAAGCUUCAGGGAGACGGGCACGUGGUGGCAGUGUGUGUCGUCCCCAGCGAUGAACUUCCUCAGCUUCCUCCCAAACCUCGGGAAGCAGCUAUCCUGUACAAGGAGUCCUGCGCAAAAGCCCGCACAGAGGCGGUGCAGGAAGCUGCAGCCAGAGGUCAGGAUCCGGAGCCGGAGAAGGAGGAGGCUCCUUUUGAGAGCCUCAGUGCCAAAAAGCAAAAGCCGUACUUUGAUCAGCAACACCGAGAUCAGCAGCACUUCGAGGCUGCACAGAAAGAGCGCCAGGUGGCCGAGAAGACUCUGAGACGGCUGGGCGAGGUGCUGCUCUGCACCUCAGGCGGCUCGGUGUUGCGCCUCCCAGUGAUGCGCGUCCGGGUGAUGAAGCCGAUGAAGCGGAGCCAGGGACGAUUGAUGAAAGUGCAACGUCCUGACACGCUGGUUUCAGCCUCACUGAUGUCAUCAGUUGACGAUGAGAAGGAUGGUGCGACUGUCGGUGAAGAGCAAGAGCAAGAUGCGGUGCAGGAGGUGGACGAGGACGAGGGCGAGGAGGAAGAGGAAGAAGAAGAUGAUGAGUAG